UAAUGGAUAUUGACAAUAUAUUUCCAAAUUAAAAAGAAACUAGAUGGGUGAAUAAAUAAAGAACAUUAAUAGUCACAUCUAAAAACAUUUCUGAUAGAAUUAGAUAAUUGUUUAUGGAUUUACAUGAAUUACUUCCACAUUCAAAAAAAGAAACUAAACUUGAAAAAGGAGAUACAUCUAAAUAAAUUAAAGAAUUAUGUAUGUAACAUUCAUGCAGAAGUUUUAUUUAUUUUGAAGUGCAUAGAAAACAUGAAUUAUAUUUAUGGAUUGGAAGAUUUCCUAAUGGUCCUUCAAUUAAAUAUUAUAUUGAAAACUGUAAAUUAUAAUAUUUAUUUUAAAAGGGCAUAAUUGUUAAGAUUUGAAAUUGACUGGUAAUUGUAUGAAAGGAAGUAGACCAAUUCUUUCAUUUGAUGGAUCAUUUACUGAAGAUCCUUUAAUGAUUUUAUAAAAGGAACUAUUUAUUCAUGCUAUUAAUGUUCCUAAACAUCAUCCAAAAAGUGCUCCUUGUUGUGAUAGAGUUUUCUCUUUUAUUAAAGAAAGCCCAGAUAAUAAUAAUAUUUGGAUUAGAAAUUAUGAAAUUUAAUAUGAAAAAGCUGGAAAAGAAAUUAUAAAAAAUUAACUUGUAGAAAUUGGACCUAGACUUGUUUUAAAACCUAUUAUAAUACUUGAAGGUUGUAUAUAAGGAGCCUAAUUAUGGAAAGAUACAGCAUAUAUAACAUAAGCUAAAGUUCGUUUGGAAAAGAAAUUAGAAAUUAAAAAAGAAAAAGAUUUUGCUAAUAAAAAAUAAUAAAAAAAAGAAAAAAUGCUUAGCAAACUAGAAACUUAAAUUGAUGAAAUUGAAAAUAUAUUUGAUAGAGGUUAAGAAUAAGAUUAAAAUGAAGAGUUUGUCACUGAAGACUCAAAUGUAGAUCUUGAUUAAUUUGAAGAAGUUUAAUGAUUU